AUGGUUCUGCUGGCAAGUCUGCUGGCCGGUACCACGACCAUCACAUUUCACUUCACACGCGCCGCCUCCUCGACCUACCUUUCGAGCCUGGUGCACUCCUACCAAGGAGAGAUCCUUCUGCAUAUUUCCAGUAGCGUCUCUCAGCUGCUGGACAAGGCAGAACCAUGCGGCACAAGCUUUGCGCAGUAUCUUGACCUGAUUCACAGCCCAGGCCUCAACCUGACAGUAGAUCAAAAACAGGAUCUUACAGCAUCCUCCCUGAGAAAGACGUUCCAGAGCUGCAACACAGUCUCUGGCCUGGGACUCACCACGGAGGAGGGGCCCUACGUGGUUGUCAAUUCCGUUGACAAUGCAACGAGCCCCUAUGCUAACACAAGUCUGCUGUGGACCUUUGCAAACCAGACCCUGCCCAAGGGCCAGGCUCCCCCACGCUAUGUAACGUAUGUAUCUCCAGCUGAUGGAAGCUUCGUUGCCAACGUCACUCCUGACGUCCCUGUCGACAUCCGCAGCCGGCUCUUCUACCGAAGAGCAUUGAGUAGCCCUGAUGGAUUAGCGGUCCAGAUACUUGUCGGGGCAACACGGCAGCCUCUUCUGGUCGUUGCCAAGCGUUACACGCUGCCAGGAUCCACCAUGGUUCUUGGGGUUAUUUCCAGUGCGCUGUAUCUGACAGCCAUCGGAGACUUCGUCGAGGGGCUUGAUCUGAAAGGGGGCGACAUGUUUGUACUAGACGGGACGACGCUCGUUGCAGAUUCGGUGCACGACUACCGCCAGGCCAAUCAGUCAGGAACACCGACCUUGCUCGAAGCGAGCCAGUCGAGUAGCCCCCUCAUCAGGGAAACGUUUGCACUUCUCCCGCCGCAGUUGCCUGAUUGUGACAAAGGCCCAAUACAAGCACGCCUCCAGGGGGGGCGCUACAGCAUCGCGUGUAAAGAUAUAGCUUACACAGGGCUUUCGCUCAAGCUGGUGACGAUUCUUCCAAGGAAGGCCGUCUAUGGGAAGCUUGACGAGCAGCGGCGGGAUGCCACUUACAUCAUCAGCUCAGUGACAGUUGGCAUCUGUGGGCUGGGUUUUCUUGCUAUUAUAUACCUGACAGACCCUAUAAGUAAGGCCGUGCGGUUGAAAGCGGAGCUGCUUCGGAGUUUCGAGGCGAAGAGGCAGGCCGAGGCGAGGGAAGAGUUCAAGACAAAAUUCUUCGCUAAGACCAGUCACGAUAUCCGGACUCCCUUGGCCGCGAUGUUGGGCAUACUGGACAUCAUCUUGGAGUCAGAUUUGGAAGCGGAGCAGUCAGUCCGGGUGGCUCAAGUCAAGGAGUGUACCGUCGGUCUCCUGAACCUGCUCAACGAUAUUCUGGAUUUUAGCAAGAUUCAAGCUGGGCAUCUGCAACUGGAGCACGUGGAAUUCGACCUAAGCAAUCUACUGGAGUCCUUGGUGGACGUUUUUACAGUACAGUGCACUAUGAAAGGUGUCGAACUCGGUUUGGACAUGCCAGAUCUUAUCCCGCUAGUUCGUGGCGACCCUACGCGCUGUCGCCAGAUCUUCAUGAACCUUCUCAGCAACAGCAUCAAGUUCACAAAGGGGGGCUACAUCCUCAUCCGCUGCUACUUGGAAAACGACAACCAAAGCCCUCGUGACUCUCCUCGCUGGUCCAUCUCGGGGCGAAGCCCCUCCCAUUCCUUGACCUCCCCACUAUCAGUGAGCCCACUGGUUCGUCUGCGGUUCGAACUCGAGGACUCCGGAUGCGGCAUUCCGCCGGAAAGGCGCGCUGUCGUUUUCCAGGACUACGCCCAGGCGGAAUUGUCCACCACGCGCGAGCACGGGGGAACCGGCCUUGGCUUGGGAAUCGUCAGAAAUCUUGUCGAAAUGAUGGGGGGCUCGAUCGCAAUCGCCGACAAAGUCGGCCCCGGGACGCUCUUCCGCUUCGACCUCGCCCUCGCGGCCGCGCGGCCGCCCCUGCUGUCGCCGCCUAUAUCCCGGGGGAAUCCCCCCGUGCACUUCAACGUGGUGCUCGGCAUCCCGAGCUUCCUCACCCGGUCGCUCUCGGCGGCGUCCAUGCGGCGGCACGGCGCGACGGUGGUGGAGGCACUGUGCUGGCGUGACGUCAUCGAAGCGCUGAGCAGCCUUGCGGAGCAUUCGCGGGACCCGGGGCUAGCCACCGGGCGCGCUCUCUCGCAGAGCUGGGCGUACGGCGACGCGCACCAACCGGGCGGGACACCAGCCCCGGCGAUCAGAGUCCGGCGCACACAGUCCAUGUUAUUCCGCCGGUUUCCGUCAGCGAAACGAUCACAAGCGCCGGCGGUAGUAGAUCUCGAAGCAGGACAAAGUGUGCGCAGCAAGGAUAGGUUCUCUGCGCCGGGGGGGGGCUUUGCGGGCGUUGAGACACCCUUCAGGCCGCGGUCGCCGCCUGCUGCCGCGGGCUGCAAGGUUGUUGACUGUGCGAUCCUUGCGGUCUCCAUUCUCCCGACGGACUUGACCAUGGAGGAGUUGGAGGGAUACCUGGCGCAGGUUCAUCAUGCCCUUGGGAAUUCCGGACUUCAGGGCGGGGCGCACCUACCGGUCGCAUGGGUGGUGAAGGCUUCGACGCCGGUCUGCGUCCGGGACACGCUGCGAAAGGCGGGUUUCUUGGCGAUCGCCACCAAACCACUGUACGAAUCCAAGCUGCAGCGCCUGCUGCACACGAUGGCCGGAACGGAACCAGGCCCAACGGCGGAACCGGGAUCCCCCAAGCCGCUCGGCAGCCCGGGAGAGAGCUUCAGGCAGGAAGACGAGCCGCGGGCCGGGCAAUCGGGGCAUCCCGUGGCAGGGGUCGACAGAGAGGGCGCGGAAGGGGCGAAACGUCGAGGCGUGUGCGCGCGCGUGGGACGAGAUGGACUGGACGCGUUCUUGGCGGAGGAACCGGAAUUUGAACAGGUGGACAGAGCAGCGGUUUUAAGCGUUCAAUCCAAGACCCAAACGGAGGGUUUGAACCUCCCUUUGAGAGGCCGGACGGUUCUAAUCGCCGAGGAUAACGUCCUUCUGCGGAAGCUCGCAGUCCAGGCGAUGGCGAAAUUGGGUGCGCGCGCCGUCGCGGUGGAGAAUGGGCGGCUGGCCGUGGACGAUAUCGAGCGGCGGGCCGCGGCCGGCGAGGAGAGAUAUGACUUCGUGCUUAUGGAUUUCAUGAUGCCCGUCAUGGACGGUCUCGCGGCGACGCGGCUGGUGCGCGACCUCGAGCGAGCGCGCGGGAUGGGGGACCACGUGAUCAUUGUCGCGCUCACGGCCGGCACAUCGUGCGACGACCAGCGCGCGUGCAUCAAAGCCGGGAUGGAUGUCUACCUCACGAAGCCCAUUGAUACAUCCAUGCUCCUUGCGAAAGUGCUGCCGCUUCUUGGGGACAAUAGCUUGCGUGUACAGAUAGAGCAUUGAGAGUGUAGGAACUGAUUGCUUCAAUCGGAAAGCGAAUCGCGCGCACGCUCGAGAAUGUUACGAGUGAGGUUGAAUCGGCUCCGGUUUGCUGCGAAAUGCAGAGCGCACAAAUCUUGCGGGACGGUCCUGGUGCCGUAAAAGUUGGAAGAACAACCCGCCGAGAGUUGAUCCGCCGCGUGUACUGAGUUUGACGCGCAGACAUCUGGGGGUUUUUGGGACGAGAAGUAUUUUGUGUUUGAACCGAAUAGAAGUCCGAAAACAGCACGCAUUUUCAUCCACAGGAGUCUGACUCGGUGGUUUAGUUUCACUGGAUGGGUUCGACUGUGCCAGAGACUCACGGCCCGGACCGGAACGUGAUGUAGCUUGACUCUGCUGCAAUUCUCGACGACCACAAAGCCAGAGUGUUCUUAAAAGUGCAUGUUUUACACACCACUCGAUUUGAGUGUCGGCACAAACUUGA